ACUUCCCUGAGCUCAGGAUGAACUGAGAGGCAGGAACGGCAGCAGCUGUGAGUGAGUAACAGGAGGCAGACAGAGGCUGGAGGUUACGGAGAAUGACAUGAUGAUAUCUUAAUUCUGAGUUUCUGAUUUGUUUUUUUUUUCUAAAGCAACAAAAGAGAUUUUUUUUGCUUUGUUUGGGCUUUUUCUCAAAACCAAACAGUUGCUAUAGUUAUGUAGCUGUAGUUGGGUUUUGCAAGAGGAAAUUAUUUUCUCUCAUAGGAAGGAUUACUUUUCAAAAUAAUCUUCAAAUCCGUUUUUCUUUAGUUUUAGACAUAAAAGGUUAUUUAGCCAUUAUAUUUACUGACAGUAAUAAUGUCAGUUUAGCCUGUACAUAAAAGGUAAAUGUUACUCUACAUCACAAUGCUGCUGGCUCUGCUUCUGGUUCUAAGCCUUUCCUCUGAGACUCUCUCCUCUGAGUCAUCUUCAAUAACCAUCCAUUACAAAGUUUGGGAGGAGCAGCCGGCGGGAACUCGGGUCGGCCGUCUGUUGGACGACCUCCGGCAGAAGGAUGAAGUUGGCCCUCUGGAGGAUUUCCAGGUGGUGGAGCAGGUAAAGGCCCUUCCUUUCUCUGUCACGGUUCGAGAUGGGGUUGUCUCCACCCAAGGCCGGCUGGACAGGGAGGAGCUGUGCCGGGGAUCUGACCUUUGUGAGGUGGCCUUCAGCGUCCUCUACAGGAAAAGUGGAGCUGUUAACUGUCUGCGGGUUCGUGUAGAAGUGAUGGACCUAAACGACCACAGUCCCAGCUUCUCUAACACCACCCAGGAAGUGGAGAUCUCAGAGACAGCACCCCUUCGGAUGCGCAUCCCUUUAGAUCGAGCAGUAGAUCCUGAUGCAGGGCCCAAUGGCCUACAGACCUAUUCUCUUCAAGUCAAUCAACACUUUGCUUUAGAUGUGACUGAUGCUCCUUUAGGGUCAAAACAAGCAGAGUUGGUAGUUAUCAAAGAACUUGACAGGGAGGCUCAAGGCUCCUUUGACCUGAUCCUGGUGGCAUAUGAUAAAGGGAACCCACCAAAGUCUGGGAGCUUAUUAGUUCACGUUGUAAUCCAAGACUCAAAUGAUAACAGCCCAGCUUUUGAGGAGACCAGUCCAACUGUGACUCUACGUGAGGAUACAGCCAUUGGGACAACCAUCAUCAAGCUUACAGCAACUGACCCGGACCAAGGUGCCAAUGGAGAGGUAGAGUACUUGUUCAGUAAGCACACACCUCCAGAAUUUCAAAAGCUCUUCCAUGUGGAUUCACAGACUGGAGAAGUAAUUGUAACGGCUCCUUUGGAUUAUGAGAGAGAGAGAUCCUAUGAGCUCAUUAUACAGGCUAUUGACCAUGGUCCCAACAGUAUGCCAACUCACUGUAAACUACAUAUCAAUCUUGUAGAUGUAAAUGAUCACGCACCAAGGAUUAGCGCAAAAUGGCUCACACCCACAUCCGCUGUCCCCACUGUCUUGGAAGGAGAACCGAUCGACACGUUUCUUGCAAUGGUGACAGUUAAUGAUGCAGAUUCUGGAAAAAAUGGGGAUGUGAGUGUGAUUAUUCAAGAAGGAUCAGGCCCUUUUCAUCUUAAAUAUAUCAAUCAUGACAACUACUUGAUUGUAACAAAUGACUACUUGGAUCGUGAGAAGGUUAUGAAUUAUACCAUCAAGCUCAUUGCUCGGGACAAUGGAAACCCACCUUUGGUUACUGUUGAAAACCUGCCAGUUUCUGUUCUGGAUGUAAAUGACAAUGCCCCAGUGUUUUUUGCCUCUAUUUAUAAGGCAUCAAUUAAGGAGAACAAUGCUAUAAAGGAUGCAGUUCUUGAGGUUAAAGCCAGUGAUGAUGACCAGGGACUCAAUGGAAAGGUUUCCUACCAAAUAAAGGGUCUUAUUGAGCAGGAACAUUUCUCUAUUCAUCCAACAACUGGAAUUAUAAGAGUACUUCGCAGUUUGAACUAUGAGGAAUCUCAGAACUACUCUUUCAUUGUGGAGGCUGUGGAUUAUGGACACCCUCCACUAACUGGUACAACCACAGUACAGAUUAAUGUUGAGGAUCUAAAUGACAACAUUCCAGUCAUCAAGGAACCAAAUCCAAAGAAUGGGGUGGUUUCUGUAAGUAUCCCAGUGAAUGCAUACAAAGGAGAGAUUGUGACUGAGCUUGGAAAUGAUGCAGAACCCACAUCUUCGCUGAUUAAUAACUCCGUCAUGGAUGGAUUCAAGGGAUUUCUUGCCUCCACAAUAAAAGCGGAAGAUCCAGACUCAGGACUCAAUGGACAGCUAAAAUAUAUAAUUUCAAACAGAAACCAUAAUGAUUUGUUCUGGAUGGAUCAAGAAACAGGCCAGUUAUUUGUAAAUGCCACCAAUGCCACUGAGCUCAUUGGGAGAACUUUUAAGAUGGAGCUUGUUGUAUCAGACAUGGGCACUCCUAGUUAUGAGACUAAGGCCACUCUUGAGGUGACCUUCAUCAGUCUCCAGGACCACUUGAAAAACUCCUCACCAGGAAACAGAGGGCAGCUCAGUUUCACUAUGAUGAUGGCCAUCUGCCUGGGCGCCACAUGCCUGCUUCUUUUGUUGGCCAUUGCGAUGGUGACAACGUUUUGCCGACCCGAGAAACGGGACAAUCAUGCUUACAACUGCAGACAGGCCGAAUCUAGCUACACCCGGCAUCCUCGGCGGCCACAGAAAAACAUCAGAAAAUCUGACAUACAGCUAAUUCCAGUGAUCAGAGGGCGCAAAGAGGAGCCUUCUGAGGAUGACAGUGAGAUCCAGCCUCUGAACCCUCCUGCACUGCCAGAAGAUCAACAAACCAGGAUGCAGUAUAACUUCAUACCAUCAGUUAUGAAAACCAACUACCUUUCCCAAGGCUAUCCAGAUGGGGAUUCUUCUCAUCAUGUUGGCCAUCACUGCAAAACUCUCAGGAAACCUGGAAAUAUUGAACUUGAUGAGACUUUGGCCCUGACACCAGCUACAUCAUAUCAGACCCUCUGCAAAACCAGAAACCCUUCCUCCUCCUCUUCUUCGCUGUCACAUUUUAGCACCUUGAAACGUAAUAAGCUGCACCCGGAAGGAGAAGAAUUGUGCUCUCAGCGUUCCGCAUCGCAGACGACUCUAAGGAGGCCAAAGACAUCAGACGGUCAGAAAGAUGCAGAACACCAACAAAUGCUUCGAAACCUGGUUCGUCUCUCCAUGGCUGCGUUUGGAGACACCAUUGAGCUUUCCUCAGCUUCCCCAGAGGUGCAGCAGAUCUCUCAGCUUCUCUCCCUACUGCGUCAGGGUCAGCUGCAGCCAAGGACAAACUUCCGAGGAAACAAGUAUUCCCAUCGGAAUGGCAGAUAUGGAGGUCCGGACUGCUCAGAUUGGCAGAGCACCAAAGACAGUGGACAUGGAGAGAGUGAGGCUGGCGAUGUGGACUGGGAAGCAGGAAGAGACUCGCCCAUAGACCCACAACUGGAAGAAGGUCUUAAUAACCUGCUCAACAGUUCAGAUGAUGUCUUCUCAGAUGUCAGCGACCCUGCCUGGAUGGCCAGGCUCUCUCUGCCACUCGCAGCCGAUUACCACGACAACGUUUUUGUCCCCAACGGUCCUCCGUCCCCUGAAGGCGAGCUCCCUCCGCGGGGUGGCCUGAACUCCACCUCAUCCUUCUCCACCUUUGGUAAAACUCCAGAGAAGGACGGCCAACUGGGAGGAGCUUUGCUUUCUGAGGUCAGCACGCUGUUUGAAAUGCUCAUGACUCAGAAGGCCGACGCCCACCCGGGCCCUCGGGCCGAAGUCCUGUACAGGCUGUCGGCAGCGUACCGGCGCUCUCUGGGUUUGGAUGCUACCACGACAGCUGCAGGCAGCGCCCCAAAGAACUGCUCUGAAAAGAGGCCGGUCAUGGCUCCUGCCACAAAACAUCAGCACCAAUAACUGUAGCAUGCAUUCAAACAUUGCAGAAGAACUGAAGGGAGCCCAAACCAGAAACAGAGAAAUGACAACACUGAUAAACUUUAUUGUCCCGAGAGGGGUAAAUUGUCUUGCAGCCAUCAAGAACAAAUGCAGAGGAAGCACACGAAAUAGAAAUAACGAAAAGCAAAGAACAUGCAACAUUCACAGCAAGAGUGCAAUCAUAAACUUCUACUACAGUUCUUACAAGGGCUCAUCAGGUCAAAUUAUUGAUAAGGCUGACACUAAAGGGGACAAAUGAACAUUUAUACAUUUUUGUAUUACACCUAACCACCAUGUUUCUGCAAGCAUAUGGCAGCAGCCUGUAAUUACAAAGAGGGUGGCUUGGGUCAGCAAGGAUAGCUUUAGUCUUCCUUAUAACUCUAGUCCUGUAGAACUGUGAGAGACUCAAACCAACAAAUAAGAGAAAAUGUUAAAACUGACUCAAUGAAUCAGGAAUGAUAAAAAGCCUGUGAUUUUAAACUGUAAAAGCUAAUUAUCAGCAGUUUUUUGCAGCUAUGAGAUAGGAUCAGGGGAUGUCUUCAGGAAGAGUAUGGGAUAAAGAGCGGUUAAUGUUCCACUUUCUAACUGGCUUAUCAGCAGGGAUAAAAAUCUAACAUUCUUCACAUGUAUAACUAAUGUAGAACUGCAAAAAAUCCCAUGUGUGUAAUUAUUUUACUUAAAAAAACUCUUUAAAUCCUUUUUUAUCUUUAGACAUAUGGAGGAUGAGGUACGAGGUGUUCAGUUGGUUGCAGACUGCAGUUUAUGCCACUUGAUGGCGCUGUAUCACACGCCGGUGCUUGCGAGUGCAAAACAAACUGAAAGAACUGAAGCAGAAAGCAGCAACUGUAUGACGUUAUUUUAGAUUUUACACAAUAAUUGGUCAAUCUUUAAAUAAGAAGGAUAGAGAUAUAUUGGAAAAAAUACAAAAUUAGUGCAUGUAUUUCUUUAGCAUGCCCUGUGAUGGACCAGAUUUUCCCAUCUCUCGCCCAAUAAUUGCUGGAGAGAAGCACCAACCCCCUGCACAGAUAAGCAGUUAUACGUAAUGGAUGGAUGGAUGGAUUUCUUUAGCUUUCAUUUUCAAGGGUUUGCUGUUAGUACAAUCAAAAAUAAAAUAAAAUGGAGAGAUAUUUUUUAUAACGCAAUGAUACAUUAGGAGCUGUUCUUUCCACAGGUGGAGGUCUUUUAAAUAUACCAUAUUUUUUGGACUGUAAGUCACAUCCAUCAACAAAUGGGUCAUAUAGUGGAAAAGAAAAACAUAUAUAUAUCGCACCGGGCGACUUAUAUAUGUUUUAUAUAUAACUUAUAUAUGGAGACUUUUUAGAUUUCAAAAUAUUUUGUCAUAGACAAUAGGAGGCAGUUUGUCAAUAGAAUGACAGACAAAAAAAGGAAGAUUACUCAGGAAAAAACACGUUAUUUUGUAAAUAUAAAGAGGUAAAUAGGUUAUGAAAAGAACCCAUUGUGUUCCAUUUACAUUCAUAUGUAGGUGCAUUUUUUUUAAUUCACAAACUCUGUUAGGCUUACAUAUUCAAACUUUUAAUUUCCCCUCUACCCUCCUCACACGGAAGCAGCAGAAACAGAGCAAACACUUUUUCUCAUCAUCCUGGCCUUUUGAACAGAAGUAAAUCUGCUUAAAGCUGAAUCUAAAAGCUGGAAGUCAUUGUAAAAGGAGAGAAAACCUACAAAAAGUUGCCCACACAGCAGGAAAAGAAGCAGGUGAUCUCCGUCUGUCAGAACCGGAUGAAGCCCAAAGGGGAGCAGACGGAUAUGUUUUCCUUUUCUUUUUCCUCUAAACUAAAAUUGCGCUGAAACCAGAAAAGAAGAACAGGAGAAAGUUUGCAAUCGUUUAAAUCCCUACAGGUUUCUUGUUUCGUUUUCUCAAACAGCACUUUGUACAUAUUUUUUGUGAAUUUUUUCUUCAGUAUGAAAAUGUAUUCUAAAUGGAAAACAACUUUUGUAACUUUUAUAAUAAAAUGUGAAUCCUGUUUAAACUCUGUCUAUCUAAACUC